UGUGACGCAGUGCUGUGGACGCAGAUGUGUUCAGGGUUCAACACAUGUAACAUCACCGGCUCUCUGUGCGUAUCAGGCUUUAUUUUCAUCUUUAUACUGUGCGCGGACCUGGCCGAAACCGAGACCGUCACUUUCCCAACAACUCCUCGGAGAACACCGUCUCAGGAGCUGCGUGCCUCUGAUGAGGCUAACGGUUAUUAGCAUAGCUAGCAUAGCUGGUGAACUUUAACCAUCGCUGCUCAAAGGUCCAACUUUAUCCGGUUCCAGCAAAGCUAACCAGGCGAGUGAAGCUAACGUCGUAGCUAAACACAGGGACGGGUAAGAUUUCAGCUUCGGCUAGCUGUCAAAGCGGAGCGUUAGCCAGCAGAGUAGUCCCGGCUGGUUAGCCGGUCUGACUUCCUUGUGUCGUUCGAGGUCAUUCUGUAGCGUAGAUAGCCAGCUGUUGUCGGGAUACCAGCCAUGAAGAGCCUCCCGUACUUCUGCCGGGGAGAGGUCAUUCGAGGCUUUGGGAGAGGAAGCAAAGAACUCGGCAUUCCCACAGCCAACUUCCCAGACUCAGUGGUGGACCAUCUUCCAGCCGAUAUCAGCACAGGGAUCUACUAUGGCUGGGCCUGCGUUGGGAACAGCGAUGUGUACAAAAUGGUGAUGAGCAUCGGCUGGAACCCUUACUACAAAAAUACCAAGAAAUCCAUGGAGACCCAUGUGAUUCACACGUUUAAAGAAGACUUUUAUGGGGAAAUCCUCAGUGUUGUCAUGGUGGGCUACAUCCGUCCAGAGAGAACCUACGACUCACUUGAAGCCCUCAUCGCGGCAAUCAACAGUGACAUCGAGGAGGCCAAGGUGAAGCUGGAGCUCCCAGAGCAUCUCAAACUGAAAGACGACAACUUCUUCACCAGCACGGCCAGCUCGUCUUCAGUCUUGCCCUCCACCACUGCAUCCACGUCACAGACUAUUAUGAACGGUCACUGACAGCUGGCUGGGACAGCAGCACUCGGUGCAUACGCUCACAGACCAGAGCAACACAGAGGUUUCUAUGUACAUACAGGUUUGUGUAAAUGCACAGCCUCAUUCUGACGUCUCUCUCAACUGUCGCUAUAACUGCACAUGGACAUAAUCAUAAACAAUUAUUUUUGUUGCAUUUUUCUUUUACGUUGUCAGUGUUUCUGCGUUAAGGCACUGUUUUGCUUUCUGUAUGGGUUUUGUUGCAGCCAAUCACUGAAUAUGUUUAUUUGUAUGUGUUCACACCAGAUUGCCUCUUUGGGUCACACUGGUCUUGCUGUAUAUUUGGAUUCUUUUAUGAGAGAAAGCACUGAAAAAAAAACUCUUCAUCUUGAGAUGGGAGUGACCACAAAUACAGGCAGUUUUGUAAGAAGCUGUAUAAAAAAAAAUCAACAAAGGAAGACCAUAAACUCAAUCCCAUUAAAAAAAUAAAACAUUAAAGUAAAAACUUUGCCAGGUUAGUAAUAUUUGACUUAUUUAAGUUUGUUGUGUUUAGGUUUGUUUCUGCCUCCAUUGGCUAAGGAGGAGGUUUGGGCAUUAUUAUUAUUUGUCACACAGUUUGACAACAUUAUGCAACAGUGGGGCUAAAUGCAAGGCAUCUGUGGAAACCAUGGUUAAAUUCUGAAAUUAUGUUCAUUUAAUGGAACUCUUCUCCCUCUUCAGAAAGUCUUUCCCUUUCAUUGUGAACAAUCCUUGUUUAUCACUGCCCUAAAUUGUAUGAAACCUCUGCAGUGGAACAGAGAUUGGAUUUGGUUUCACGCAUUUGCUUUUUUUUUUUUUUUUUUAAACAGUUAAUGUUUUAUACACAGGAAUUACUUUAUAACCUCCAGCAUGGUUAUUGGUUCAAUGAACUGUGUACAAAAAGAUCUUUGAAGCAUGGGCCUUUAAAUGAUUUCACCGUAUUCAUCCUCUGUUUUCCUAUUAUCAGCCUCGUGAAUCAAUAGAGAAUUGUAGAUAAUCUUAAGGACACUACUGCAGAAUUAGAGACUAAGUUCUUAUGCACAUUGGAUAAGUUUUAGUUUUUUCUCUGCACCUUGCCAGUCUCUACGGGUUUGUUACAGAUAGUAAAGCAUUAAUAGGUGAAUUGAAGAACAACAAAAACUCACAGCUCGUGUUAUGUUCUCCUGUAUUUGCAGACGGCAGCAAUCUUUGAAGUGUGUGAACAUUAAUUUCUAUCAUUAAGAUGUGAAAGAGCAGGAAAAAAAUCUACAAUACACACUCAUAUUCCUAAAAUCUAUAUACGUAUAUUUUUUUUCCUUUCAUGGGAUCUCUCAAAAAUUUUGCAAAUAUAUUCCAAAACUGUUGACGAAUCUCUGAAGGAGGAGUGUCUCUCCAUAGUGUGUGUGUGUGUGUGUGUGUGUGUGCCUGUUACGCUUUUACAAGAAAAAUGACAUGAAACAUAAACCUACAAGUGUCUGCAACUAUUUGAACCGCUGUAAAAAUAAUUUUAAAUGAAGAAAUAUGUAACUAUAGCUAUUUGAAUUUAAAUUUUAGACCUGUAUUGUAUAAUAUUUAGUUUGUUAAAGUGCUAUUUAGGGAGCAAAAGAUAUGACUGCAUUUUAUGAGUGCUCACAGUUAUCAUGCAGCAGUAGCUAUGAUCCAUUCACAAGAAGCACUUACCUGUUUAUUGCCUGUUCCUUUGCAUUCUCAGUCUGGUAGUUUUUUGUGUAUUUUGAUUUCAUCAGUUACUUUGCUACCAGGGACUGAAGUAACUAAAAUGUGCUGCUUCGUCAAACCUGUCAAAGAUUUUAAGAGGGAAUUGUCUUUACAGUUUUAACCACACUGUAUCCUGUUGUAGGCUUAAGUGUAUUCCAGUCUCGUUUGUUGCAGUUAUUUAUUCUAGUUUACAGAGGGACCAGGGUUACAGCAUGUAGGGGGUAAAGGUUCAACGCUUCUUUUAUGUUUUCAUUUAUGUGUUUUAUAUAAUUUAAACCAAAUAAAUGAUUUGAUCAAAAAACA